GUCUUAGUCGUAAGGAUUUUAAAGGAAGCGCAAGCAGGAAGAGAAAACAACAACAACAAUAAUAUGAUCUUGUGGCGUAACCCACCUCAGCUGGAACUCAUUGACUCUUAUGAGCUACCAUUCCCAAAGUACUUUUACCUUCAUCCUUUUUUUAUCUAGAAACCAGACCAUGCAAUAAUGGAAAGAGUGCGUAACAACUACUCUCUCCCGUGUCUGCAUGACUGCCCAAACCCCCUCGUGGUCUCCUCUGGAACAGGUCGGCCCCGUGUCAUCAUUGGUACAAGUGGUCAUUACUACAUCCUUGCUUCUCGGCUAACUUGUAAAGUCUGCAACAAGCCCUGGUUUGCAGACAAAUCUUCAUGGAGGACAUGCUGCCUCGUCGUUUUCAGAACAUUUUUCCAGCCUUGAUGACCCACAAAAAGGCUGUAAGCAAAACUGUGAUGGAUGAGCUGCGGCAGACGGCUAAGUCUCCAGGUGAUAUGGCCAAUCAGCUAAAUGAAGCUCUUCACCUAAAAUACGGGCGUGCGCACGUGGCAUCUGUGCACAGUGAAGAAUGUUCCGGAUGGACAGAGUGGAUCAUAUGGCCAGCAGACAAUCACCGAUCCCUUUGGUGGGUUUACAGACGUAGAUGCCUGGUGUGGGGUAACAGUGACUGCACACUACCUGGUGGACUGCCUCAUACUGGAGUACCACAGGGAGGAGGGCACGAUCAAUCUGCUCCUUAAGGCACGUUUGGUGAGGUCUUGAGGGCUGACCACACCCGAAAGGUGUUACUGGCAUCAGGCACAAUGUCAUCCUAUGCAGUAAUGAAUGAAAACUGGAUGAUUUUGUCCUGGGUGAUGCUGCAGUCGGAAAGCGACAAAUCUCUGGAGCCAAUGUACGAGCAGCUGUCCCGGCGUUACAUUUACAUUACGUUACAUUUCUGCAGCGCUGCCAAAAGCCAAGUACCAGUGGGUUGACAGGGAUUGCUGCUCUCCAUUCAGGAUCUCAAACUCCCAGCCUCAGGAGCAUCUUCUCUGGGAUUCCUGGAAGACCACAGAGGCUAUAGUGGGUGAAGCCACAUCUGGAGACUUCACCAAUAGAUGUGCAUCUGGUACAUAAUGCAACAGUGACAUAAUCUUCAAGCUGGACUUGUUUCACUGCAUGUGGCGCUUCACCAGGGAGUGCAUCUCAGAGCAUCAUCCACUUCACAGCUCCUUCUGCAAGUUCCUUUGGAGAGCUUUUUGUGUCGUGGACCAAACUGACCUUCAGAGGCUGAAGGAGGCCUGUUAUGUCUUGCUGCUGCUGCUGCUGCUGCUGCUGCAUCCCCUUUCAUUUUGCUCACCUGGCAGGUGUGGCUAAUCAUCUUGAUCAGCACCUGCCAGGUAUUUAAGUCAGGGGAGGCCUCAACCAAGGGGGAGGCAUGCAGAGAGAGCAGAGCAGGAGGCUGAGGAGCAGGUGGUUUGACUUGGAGCUGUGCUGGUUGGUUUGUUUCCACUUUGAUUCCCUUUUGGUCCUCAGCAGUCUUGUACUGCUGGAUUUUGUUAUUUUAGUUUGGGGUUGGACCUUGGUAGUCCUUAUUUGCGGGCUUUGUUUAUUUCUUUUCAAUAGUUAGAUUCUGCUAGGCAACCUUAGCGGGGAGCUGCUGACUCCGACGGUCAACGUGGCUGGGUCAGUUGUCUCCCUGUGUUUGGCCAAGGCUCCAAUCCCUCUGUUUAGUCUUUUGUUGGGACCAGCACAGUAAUUAUUUAUUUAGUUUUUGUUUUACAGGACACAGGUUAAUUCUUUCACUCAAUAAACUGGUGUCCAUCGCUCAUAUGUUUUGGCCCCUUUGUGAAUUCCCCCAGACUGGGACAGGUUUGCCUGUCGGCGGCCGUAACCAGGCCUACACCUUCGGUGGGAUCCAGCCAGCUAACCCCACAAAGCAGCACAUCAGGGAGCACUGCCGCACCAAAAGCCCAGAACCCCGAGAGCUGCUGGUGCGAGUGGAAAAUGUUCUGAAGAGGUUCUUUUUGGAAUCGGAUCCAGAUGGCGUACCACUGUUUAAGGCAAGAAUGCUGAAAGUGUGGAGGAUUCAGCACGUUCACAUCCUCGGGCUGUCUGAGCGACCCGGAGGUGGGAGACGGGAUCCUCUACAGACACGGGGGCACGUCACAGCUGAACCACAUCGAGGGGCAGCGGUACCAACCUGGAUCCCGGUGCGAGGCACAUCACACCAGGAGGGAUUUCAUUUCCACCCGUCCAGAUGGGUGACUGGAAAUCGGGUCUUGCCAGAACUUUUUCAGGUCCAAGGCAUGACUGGAGAAGCUCGGUGGAACUUCCAGCAUCUUGUAAGCCUGAAGCAACCUGGUCUGGAGCUUCCUUCAGUUUUUCAUCCAGCUCUGAUUGUAGAGCUGAACAAGCUGUCAAAGGAAGUGACAGGACAAGCCAAGGAUCCCGCCUUAGUGUUGUCACAGGCCGACACCGAGGAAAGGUUUGGACUUCAGUAUGUGGAGCCUGGCUGCCGUCCGGUUCCUCUUCACUGGGACAAACACGAGUCUCAGAGAGACCUGGUUGUUGAGGAGGAAGAGCGUUUCCCUUCAGAACCACCUCCUUCCAAUGAAACGGUCAUCGACCUGCCUGAAGAACACAGAGAAGAAUACUCUGCUCUUGACAACGUCUUUGGUGUGGUUGCUGAUGACUCACUAGCAAUGACCCGAGCCCCUGAAGUGAAAGGUAAUUUAAUUCAACUUUUUUUUAUUUAUUUGUACAUUGCAUUCAAGGAAAGGGAAGUGAGAAGGCUUAACUUUUCUCUGUCUGCACCACCGCCACUGCCUUUUGCUGCCUCUCCACGCGCAGCUCGCACUGGUCCUAUCAAAGCAGGGGGUCUGCCUUUUGUCCUGGACCACUCUCGUUGGACAAAUCCAAUGAGGGAUGCCAUUGAUGUCCGUCUGGCAAAGCACCACGGACAAAAGGACUUUCUGAGCAAGGUCGACGCAGAGUAUGCCGCCGUUGUUCAAACCUCUUCAGACCAGAUGACGCUCCUCUAACUAAGACUGACGGUUAAAAAACAGUGAAGGAGAUUGAAGGCAUGCAGAAACCUGGAAAAAUGAUGACACACAACUGUCUUGCUUGUGGGCAGCCUCGUUACCUUGGUGAUGGAUCUUCUGUUCAUUUCUUUUAUCAGUCUGGGGA